AUGGCAAUAGGAGAGGAGAGUGCGGGUAACGCGUGCGCGAUGGCCGCGUCAGCGGCAGCGCCGGCCACGUGGCGGGGCACCAACGAUAGCGCCACAGAUUUCUGUCGCCGCGGUAACACCCCUGCGGCAUACGGCAGGACAACUCCUCACCAUCGAUGGUACGCGUCGACGGGCGGUGCGGCAGGGGCGGGCGCGGGCGGGGCGGGGGCGGGCGGUGAGAGCACGCCGAGCACGCCGGGCGGCGGCACGGAGCGGCGGCGCCGGCUCUCCGGCUCGGGCUCGUCUCGCUCCGAGUCCAGCUCACCGGAGCCGAGCGACACGUCGCGCGCCUCCACGCCGGCUCACCACCACACCCAGCAUCAUAAUGCGAGGCGCACCCCUCCACCUCAUCCACACCAGUGGCCAUCAACGGCGAACGGAAGACCUUUGGCGAUUUGCGUACGAAACUUGCCGACAAGAUCGACAGACAGUUCACUCAAAGACGGUCUCUAUCAUGAGUACAAGAAGCAUGGGAAGGUGGUGUGGGUGAAGGUGGUCGGUCAGAAUGCUGAUCGAUACGCGGUCGUCCGUUUUAAGAAGCCGUCCGACGUAGAAAAGGCGCUAGAAGUGUCUCAAGAUAAGCUUUUUUUUGGUUGCAAGAUCUCAGUGGCACCCCACCAAAGUUGCGACGAUGACGCGGAGUCGGCGAAACCCUAUGAGACUGAUAUCGAUGAAUACCAUCCGAAGGCGACGCGGACGUUAUUCAUCGGAAACUUAGAGAAGGAUGUAACGCAACAGCAACUAAGGGAUAAGUUCAAACACUUUGGACGUAUAAUAGAGAUCGACAUAAAGAAGGGGAGCGGUGGCGGCGCGGGCUACGCGUUCUGCCAGUACGCGUCCAUCUCCAGCGUGGUGGAGGCCAUCCGCGCUAUGGACGGCGAGUACGUGGGCAGCUCGCGCGUCAAGCUCGGCUUCGGCAAGCCCGUCGCCACCACCUGCGUCUGGGUCGACGGCCUCACGGAGCACACGGAGAAACAGGUGCUAGGCGCGGUGUCGCGGUGCGGCGCGGCCACGUCGGUGUGCGUGGACCGCGCAGCGGGCGCGGCGCUCGUGCACUUCGAGCAGGCGGCGGCGGCGGGCGGCGCCGUGCGCGAGCUGCGCCGCGUGGCCGCGCAGCUGUCCGCCGCCGAGCCCGACCACCCGCGCCUCUGCGUCGACUACGCCUCCAGGGAGUGCCAGGAAGCGUUUUACGAGCAGCUAGAAAAGCACGGAGGAUCUGCGGCGCUGGCCGGCGCAGAGCGCGCGCCCGGCGACCCGCCCACGCGCUACCUGCCCGCCGCCAGGCAUGAAUCGCUUCGUUACGAGACUGGAGGUUCACGAUCUCGAGCGCCUAGUUUUGGUCGUGCAUCUUCUAGGACCCCCCGUUAUAACACACACGACCAUUAUGAUCCUGCUGAUUAUGCUGCUGAUAGAAGAUACAGGGUAUAUGAUGAAUUAGGUUCCAGUCCACAAACAGAUGAGGCAAAUUACGAGGAUCGACUUCAAUCAGUUGUUGUAUCGCCACAUCGAGGUCAUAAGCAUCGACGCGAUUCGAGUCCAGAGGAAAGGAAACAUUCUAAGGAACGACACCGCAGCGCCGGCGGUGGGUCCAGAAGGUCGCGAUCUGGUUCCCGCAGCCACGUGUCGCGCCGGCGCCACCGGCGGCGACGCGACGGCUCCGGUUCGCGCGGCUCCCGCGCGUCACGCGCCGGCACGCCGCUGCGCGACGAGCCUGACGCUCCGCCCACGGAGCCGCGCCGGCCGCCGCGCGAGCGCCCGCCGCUGCCCAUGAGCCUGCCGCUGCCCAAGUUCGCGGUGCAGAUGCUGCGCGCCGCGCCCGCGCAGCCGCGCUCGCUGCCGCCCGCGCCCGCCUCGCCGCCGCGCCCGCCCUCCGCCUCCUCCUCCAGCGCCGGCUCUGCGCCGCACUCGCCCUCGCUGGAGGAGCGCAUCCGCUCCCUCGACGAGAAGUACGAACGCUGGACAGGCUCGCGGGCGCACGCCGACGCGCCCGACCGCUCACGCCUCAGGCACCGCUUGCUCGAACUUGAUAUCAACGAAGUGAAACCCUCUGAAGUGGUCCUGUCCUUACUCGCGAAGAGGUCCGUGUUCGAUGAGGACUCGGAGCGGUUGGAAGGUGCCCGUGUUCCGAGCCCCGGAGGCAGUCCCAGGUCGCUGACGGCAGUUCCGCGUGUUUUACGUUAUCCCUUUCCGGCCCACGCGCAUUCAGUCACGGCGACUUUGACUACUGGAAGUGCUAUACAACCACCGGAACCAGAAGACUUAGAACGUCCACGUCUCGAUAAGUUGAUCAAAAUUGACUUGGAGAGUGACACGAGAUUGAGAAGAACGCCCUCGACUGACAAACCGGCGUUUGAUAUAAUCGAGAAAAAGCUUUCACCCACAAGAUCUGAUUUUGACGAACACAUGAGUAAAAGUCGAAACUCUUUACUUAUGACAGAAGAAAAACCUAUAGUCUCUGACAUUAGACCCAGCUCAGACAGAAUAGGAUUCGAAACGAGCACGACUUUAGAUGUACCGGAAAAAAGUAAUUUAAAAGAGAGGUUUACAACCUCUUGUGAAGAUAAACUGACUAUUAAAAAAGAAGAUGUAGAAGAUAAACUUACUUUAAAAAGUAGUAGUUCAAUUUUAAGUAAAUUUGAAAGAAAUUGCUUUCGAGAAGAAAUAAAAUUACGAAAUGAGGAAAGCAAAACAAUAAAACAAGAAAUUCAAUUAGAUUUACAAUUGAAUUCAUCUGAAAAGUAUAUCUUUAAAAAUGAAUUCGAUAUGAAGUCUGAAUCUAUUAUACAAGAAGAUAUUAAAUUGCAGCUAGAACAAGAGAGUAAGUUACACGAAACAAGUUUUCGAAUGAAAAAGGAAGCUGAAAGAUGUCAAGAAAAGCCAUUUCCGAAUAAUAUUAGUAAAGAAAGUUUGUCACAUAAAGUGCAUGCGGUUAAUCACUUAAAUGCUAUAAACUGCAUAGAAUCGUCUAAAAAGAACGUCGAAGUUUUAAAUCAGGAGAUUAAACUUGAGAAGAGCAGUAGAGAAAAAUGUGAAGUCAGCACUACACUUUCAUUGAAAGAGGAUAAAUCUGGAAAAGAGAAUAUAGAUUGUGAUAAACCUGUUGAAAAAGUUAAAUUGACUAAUAAUAUUUUAUUUUCUCCAGACCGCAUAACAACUGAUAAUGAUAGAACCCAUGAGGAUCAUAAUAAACAUGAAAAGGACAAAUUAAAAUAUAGCAGAGAUAGAGUUGAUAAAGAUAACGAAAAAGAAAAAUCUAAGAGCAACAAAAUAUUCAAGCUUGAAAGAAAUGAAAAGGAUCGCAAGUUAAAGGACGAUAUUUUAAGUACAAAACCAAGUUCUGAAAAGGUGGAUAAAGUAAAAACUGAGAAGGAUAGUGACAAAGUUGUAGAAAAAGACCGGGAUAUCGAAAAAUCUAGACAUAAUGACGAGAAGCAUACAAGAAACGAAAAUCACAAAAAAGAUAAAAAUGAAAAAGAAAGAAAAAGAGAACUUUCAGAAGUUGAUAUCUUGUCUAAAAGUAUAAAACGAGACGAUAAACACAAACAUGAUCGAACAAAAAAAGAUAACGAUAGUAAACGCGAUGUGAAAAAAGAAGUUGAUACAUCUAAAAGUCGUAAAAGUUCAAGAGAUGAAUCAACUAGAGAAGUCUGUCGGAAAGAUUCGACGGAUUCUACUACCUCAAGAGCAUCACAUGACUCAACUUCAUCAAAAUCAAAAGAUAUUGAAAAUAUUGAAGUAAAAGAAGAGCCAAAGACUAAAAAUAAAAGUUUGGAAAUAUUAAAUAAACAUGAAUCAGAGAAGGAAGUAAUAAAGUCACACGAUCAUAAUAAAGUCAUAGACCAUAGUAAUGUUAAAACAAAAAUCAAAACUGAAAUUAAAGAAGAGAAAGAUAUAGGAGAAUUGCAUUUGAAAAACAAAAUCAAAGAGGAAAAAGAUUCUGGUGAACAUCAUAAAAGUAGAGGUGAGGCUCAUGGAGAAGGUGCAUCAAAAAGUAAAGUUGAUGUAUCUGAAAAACAAAGGCAUUAUUCUCUUGAUUCACCUAGCGUUGACUCUAAACGUAAAGAACGAUUAAAUUCUUGUUCGAGCUUACCCUCACAUAUAGGUCAUAAAAGAAGAAUGUCAUCUCAAGAUAGUGUAGACUAUGUUAAUGAAGAUUCGAAAAAAAGUAAACCAGAUCGGCGUGAUUUUAAAGAUGCUAGAAGUUUAGAACGUCACAAGACAACUAAGUUCAAUAAAGGUCAUUUUGCUAAAAUUAUAGAAAGCAAAACAAAAGAUGACAAGAAAAAUCAGGUUAAACCACCUGAUGACAUAUUUGUACAUGCGAAAGAUAAUGAAACCAAAGAGGCUUCAUGUCAUGACAGAAAGAUUAUCAAAAAGAGUCCGCCAAUGGAGAAUGAAGAUAAGAUAGUUGGAAGUUCUGAUGCCUCACUAGAGUCAUUGCAAAGUAAUAUAGAUUUUCUUGCUACUUUGGAAUUACGUUCUAGUGAAGAGGAUGAAAAACAAAAAGCUUUAAGAAAAGAAAUGAAAGAAAAGAAGCGUAUUCAGCAACUGCAGCAAAUUCAAGAACUUCAAAUGCAACAGGAUGCUUUGAACCAGCAAGAGUAUUGUAACAAAACAAAAGAGGAUCGAAAACUUAAACAUGAUGAAAAGAAAAAAGAAGCUGCACGGGACAAGAGAAUGUCAACUGAUCGAAAAAGUAGGGACGAGAGAGCAGAUCAAAGUAAACGGCGUAAUCGCAAACAGUUACAGAGCACAGACAGUUCAGAUUCCGACGAACCUAAAAAGCAUUCAAUUUUCGAUAUUGUUGACGAUGGGCCUACACACUUGUCGAUGUAUGAUAAAGUUAAAGCUAGAUCUUGUAAAAACAUGCAAAAACAAGAAGAAGAAAAACGCCAAGAAAAGAUCAAAGCUAAGUUUAGUCAGUUAAAGCAAAGUAGAGCAAAACGCGAAGAAAAGAAGCGAUCUAGUUGGGACGAAGACAGUGAUUCUGAAAAUGAGCGACGUAAACCUCAUAAAACGUCUAUGGAUAGUUCGACCGACGACGAUCAUAUUACCCACAGUAGUAAAAAAAGGGAAAAAUCACAUGGAUCAAGUCUUGAAUAUGAUCGUAAUAGAGUUAACGAUUACUUUGAUAUAGUGAGCAAUGAAGAAGAUUCCCAUAAUAAGUUAUCUCGUAAGAACUCUAGAUCUCGCAUUAUGUCUGAUACCUCUGAUGAAGAAAACAUGAAAAGACAUUUAAAUAAAAGUCCUACAUUUAUGGAUAAAAUAAAACAGGAAAUAUUUUCAGAUUCCGAAUCAUCUCAGAAAUGUAAACAUAUGGAAAUCCAGCUUAAAGAAUCGAGUGAGGAUAAAGUUAAGAAAACGUCUCUUUUGAAUUUGUUUGGAAAAAGUGAUAGCGAAGAUAAUAGACUUAAAUCAAAUUUAGAUAUCGAAAGUGAUUAUAGAAUGGUUUUUGCGAAAAGUUUUCCAAACGAUAUAUCAUCAGAAAAUGAAUCGAUUCCAAUCGAAUCUAAUAGAAAUUCAUCAGAAAUACGUAAAAAACAUAAGAAAAAGCAAAAGAAAUAUAAAUUUACAUUUUCUGACGAAGAAUCUAAACUUGAAAGUAGCCACGAUAUAAUAUCCGAACCUGGCAGUAAACAUAAAAAUAAUGAAAAAAGUCGUAGACAUAGUAAUAAAAAAGAAAAACGAAAAGAUAAAGUGCGUGACAGUGUUGAUACAGAUGAGCCCCGUGACGAAAAAAUAAAAUUAAAAAGAGAUAAACGUUCACCGAAUCAAUCAUAUGAUGGACUCGCAGAACCGACAUCUAAUAACAAUAGAAAAGAAGGCAAAAUGGAAGACAUAUUUGGGCCUCUCUCUGAUGAAUCUGAUAGAGAUAUAGGUAACGUCAAUAAUAAAACAGAAACCGUACCAACGGAGUUUGAACCGACAGUGAAUACAUGUGAAAAAGGAACACCUAAUAUCGACGAAAUAAAAAGUAAAGAUAAAGAUGACAGCAAGCGAAGAAAGGAUAAGAAGAGAAAAGAAAGACGACAUUUUACACGAGACGACGAUAAUAGUCUCGAUGUAGACGCAGUAAGCAAAGCAAUAGAAGCACGUCUGUUUGCUGACUCAUCAAAUAUUGACGAAAACCAAACUGAAAUUAAUAUUUCGGAGUGUAUUUCAAAAAAUCCUGAAAAUGAACUGAAAGACAUUGAUGUUAGUUAUAAAGGAGACUCGAUUACUUUCAAUAAAUACAACGACAAAACUAGAAAGGAAUCAAGAGACAAAAAGAAAAAGAAAAAGAAAAAUAGGGAAGAUAGGCAGAGUCGGAAAGAACAUCAUCAUAAUUACCAUCAUGAGAAGAUUCCAAAAAAUGACGAAUCUUAUAUUGAUAAUAAUCUUCAACUAUCACCAAAAACUAUGCUGCUGGAUAUACCACUUCCUAAUGAUAUACAAAAGGUUGAAUUAACUGAUAAAUCAGAUGACAGUAAAUCUUUAUCGGAAUCUCCCAGUUUACCGCGAAUUACUGAUAGUCCGCCUUUUGCUAUCAAAACUGAAGAAAUUAACGAUUCCAUAAAUAAUGAAUGUGAUACUCCAAAUCGUUUAGUUGUUGAUGAUGCAAUCGAAAUUGACUACGAACUAGCGGAGAACAUCGAAGUAAACGAUAUACCGAUGCCACCACCCAUUGAUAAUAUUGUGCAAGACAUAAGUGAAGUACCAUUGCCUAAAGAUCCGCCUCUUGAUGCUGAACAGUCUAAAAGUAUUUUACCAGCUUAUGAUUUAGAGAUUGAAGUCGACACUGAUGUAAGAAUAAGUGAAGAUGCCGUCCGAAGUAUACCUAAUUUGGAAAAAGAAACCGAAAAACAAAUCGAUAAGAUAAUUAACGAUUCCCAUUCAAAAUUGGAUAAAAAAAUCGAAGAAAAACCUCGUGCAAUUAUUUCGCAAGAAGAAACUGAAGAUGCUGUUGCAGCAUUACUGGGCGAAAGUUUUGGUGGUAAGGCCAACACAUUUGAUAAUUGUUAUGAAGAAGUAGAAAAUAAUACUUCUCAUCAAAUAGAGAUAGAGACCACUCCAAUUGAAAGUGAAAUUAUACCUGAGGAAGAUGCAGAAGAAAUGAGGCAAGCAGUUCAAAAUUUAAACGCUAGUGAAAUGGAAAUUAAACCUGACACGCCAGUAUCUGACAAUGAUCUUCUCCUUAUCGAUACUGACACUGAAGAAGCAGAAGAGUCUACUCAAGAUGCUAUUGAUAGAUUGCCAGUAAAUAUUAUUUCUACUAAUCCUUCUCUUAACAAUAAUACCAAAGUAAGCGUGCCUCAGACUACGGCACAAGUAUCAAACAUAAUAAUAGCUAAACCUAAGACUACAAUUGUGCAUACUGUAACUAAGUCGAAUGAAUUAUCGAAAAAAGCCAUAGAAGAUGAUGUAAAACCACCUGUAUGUACGAAGCAAGAGAGUGUGCAACAAAUUACAUCAACAGCCACUCCAGUUAUUACAUCAUGGACGUUAUCAAACAACAAAUUGAUAGAACCACAUGUUUUAAAUAUUCCCGUUAGCUCAGUAACUACCAGAGAUAACAACGAUAAUAAACCAACUCAUAUAACCGCUAAUAUUGUUCAGAUUAAAACACCUUCAAAUCAAAAUAUGCAGAUAAGUAAUACGUCAAGGCCUGUUAUAAAUACUAGUAGAGUAGGGGCGCCUUAUCAAGUUAUAAAUCAGAUGAUUAGACCUCAAGUAUCUUGUAUGCAGCCUCCAACGAUAAAAAUUCCUGAACCUCAUAUCAUUUAUCAGAAACCGCAAGGAAUUGUAAUUUCCCCUAGGAUGGCUAAUGAACCUGUAUUACUAAGUCCUAAAGCUAGUCAGCAAACGGAAGGGAUGACAUCUCCAAGACUAAGUAAUAUGGCGAUUUUAAGCACUCCGCCUCAAAAUAUGAACACAGUGGGAACAGCUUCACCGAAUGCCAUUCAACAACGAUCUCCUGGGCAAGUUACCGUAGUUAGAAUGCAACAACCACCACUUAGUCCUAUACAAACUGUGCAUAUCCCGCAUGGCACAAGAGCUAUGGUCUCGCCUAAUAGACCAAAUUCAGUUUUGGUUCAAACCCAAGGCACUCCCAUUCAUUUUAACAGAUUACCUGUAACUCCAGUUCUUGCAACAAUCCCAAAACAAUUAAAUGCAAAUAUUAUUCAACAAGCCAAAGGAAAUGUUCCUAAUUCGCAGUUGAUACAUCAACCAAAAAUAAUAUCCGCGGAUGGCCGAAAAGCUGAUAAUAUUACAGAGACUGCCAAAAUUAUUCUGUCCCCCACUAGACUACAACAGUCACCAACGCCCACAGUGAUGUCUCAAAAUCGACUUAUUUCAAUGCAAAACUCUUUACAUGUGGGAAAUAUAAAUUCUACAUUACACCUUUCUAAUAAAGUAUUAAUAAAUAACAAAAGCCAAUUAACGGAUAAGAGAGAUGCUCAGAGUGCCAAAUCUGAACACAAUCAUAUUACAUCCUUAGCAUCUGCGCCUAUUAUUCAUGUUGCUGGAGUUUCUCACUCUUCUCCGUCCAUUAUACAAGGAACAACAAAAUCGCUCGUGUCUAAUUUACAAGAAGCGAUAACAGUAAAUAGGGGACAUGCUUCAAAUGUAAUUCACACAAUAAAUUCCCAAAGGCUAUUAACAACUACUCCUAUGACAAGCGUUAUACAACUAGAUCCGAGCAAAGGCCCUCCUUCAGUACUAUCAAUGGCUACCAUAAGACCUCCAACAACACUAGGUAAACCUGAAUCGUCUAAUACCGUCGUUGUAACUACAUCAAGUUUAGCAAAUGUUGUUAUGACUCCUUUGCUACUAAAAGGAAGCUCAAGUCCAAAGGCCACUUUAAGGUUACGGACAAGAAGUGAGAGUGAAAAUGUUGAACACCCGCCUACAUCGCUAUUAAGUAGUAAUCAGAAGAAUAAGGACUUAAAACAAGCUGAAAAAAUAAUAGAAACAAAGAAUAAAGAACCCGAAGAUCCAAAGAAAUCUCCAGUCCCGUCGACGUUACCAGUGGAAAAUAUAGCUAAAUGUGAAACUGACUUUGAGGAAUUGCUUAAAGAUAACACGAACGAAAUAAAAAUAACAAAUCAUCCCGAAAAGAAAGUAGAAAUUAAUGUGGGCAAGAACAUAACUUUGAUAAAUCAAAAUCUUGAUAGAAGGCUUAGUGUAGAAAAUAAUAAAAAUAUAGAUUUCGGUAUUACUGAAAAACAUGAAUCUGAUGUAGUUACGUCAAAUUCUCCAAACGAACACUUGUUAUUGAAAAGUAAUGACAACGAUUUGUCUACAACAUCAGACACAAAUAAACAGGAAAGUAUCAAAGAAAAUGGUUUAGAUAUUAACCAAUCAGAAAAGAAAGAUGCAAAUGUACCUACAACACAAGAAACUCCAGAUCAAAUCUCAAAUCAAACUCCUUAUGAUAAAGAUCAUUCGAUGAAGUUAGAACUAAAAGAAAAUAAGGACCAAUUUUUCGGAUUUAUAUGUAAUCAAAAUCAAAAUACCAGUAAUGAAAUAAAAACUAUCGAUGAAAACGAUUACUGGUCGGCCAAAGAUGUCAACAUUGAGUCUGUAAUCAAAAAAGUUGAUUCUUUAUGUAAGGAAACAUCUGACGAAAAAAAAGAAUUUGAGAUAAGUGUUACUAAACCAAAUGAAAAAGAUAGUGUCAAUAUAGAACAAAAUGUGCAAAAUGAUACCGUUAUUGAAGAGCAAAAAACUGUUAAAUCUGAGGCUUGUAAUAACGAAUCUCCUAGUCAAGCAGAAGAUAAAAGUGAAUUAUUUAAUGACAAUAGUGUUAGUGAAGAAUUGACUGUAGAAAGAACCGCAUCUGGAGGCAAAAGAGGUGGUCGUAAUGGUGGACGAGGAAAGAGAUCGGAAAAAGCAGACAGAGUGCAAACACGGCAAAUAUCAAAACCUGUUAGGGGAACUUCAAAACGAGGAAGAGGCAGAGUGAAAGUUGACAAAAAAAUUAAAGAUUUCGUGAGCAGUAAUUUAAAUAAUAUGCCAGGUGAUGUCUAUGAUUUUCACGAAGACUCUGGUGACGAAACAGUAACUUCUCCUAACAAAGCUGAAGUAAGACCUCGUUUAAUUUUAACAAUUAAGAGUCCAUUAUCCGGACAUUCAAACUCAAUAGCGACAUCGACACUUAGUAUAACACCAAAAGAUCAAGGGAAGAAAGAAAAGGCGAAAGUCGGGGACGAGGUACGUUUUUGUUAUAUACCGCCUUCGACUAUAAAUACUCGAAAAUCUAGGCGACUUCAAGAGAAAGAUAUUCAGCGAAGCACUGUUGAUGAUGUUAUUGAUGAUGUUAUUAAGGGCUCAGCUGCGCAAUAUAAGAAUAAUGUGGAACCGAAUAAGAAAAGGGCAACCAGACAAGCCGGAGCAAAAACAAAUGCAGAAAAAGUAUCGCAAAACGACACGCGAAAAUCUCCUAGAGGUGUAAAGAGAACUAGGGAUAGAAGUUUGUCUGAUGCUUCAAUAGGUAGUAGCGAUGAAAAUGCUAAGAGAGAGGAUGUCGUUAAAGAACCUAAGAUCCCGAAAUUGGCGGAACCUAUAGCGCCAGUUAAAACCGACGUUGAAAUGAAACCAGCGGCCCCACCUUCCGUCGUGGUACCACCACAUAACCCAACACCUAUAAUGAAACCGCCGAAGAAAAUGAUAUCUGAAAUCAGUGCGAAAUUAGCCAGUGCUUUUGAAGCGGCUGCAAAUCUCACGAAUAGAGUGGGCGGUGUUUCCCCCAACGUCGGAGACCGGCUAGCUCCCGCGCCCGAGAGACCCCCAGAGCCAGAACGCAUAGCUCCAGUUGUUGAUCCGACCCCCGUAGUACCAGACUCCAUCUCGGGUGACAUUAGCUAUGGCCGUCGCAUCGUUGACAACGUUCCUGCAAAUAUGAUGCCGGUCGGCGCGACCGAAGCGACGGACGCGCGCGUGCAGUCUCCAGCCUUGCCGCAUCGUCCGCCCUCCGCUCAUCAUCCGCCAGACCGCGCGACACCUAUUCUUGUUAGGGGCGGCGAAGGCGAAGGCGGCGCCGGUGUGGCGGGCGCCGCUGGCGCGUCGCGCUACCGCGGCGCCUACGCGGGGCCCGCCAGCCUGCCGCGCGGCGCGCACCACCCACCGCUCGCCAAGCAGGUCGCCGUCGUCGGCCCGCAACACCAUCAUCCUGGGUCACGAGUCACCAUCACAAGUGUACCUUCUGUCAGCCCUCAAGGUCAAAUGUCUAUGUCUGCAGAAUUAGUUAGAAGUCCACCGCCUGCUCAUCAACAGACUUCUCCUAUCACCUCGGUAUAUCACAAUGGCGAAGGGAUGUAUCCUCAUUUUUCGCAACACCACUAUCAAAUGUACCAACAACAUUUUCGUGCAACUCAGUACGAAAAUGUGCCCACCCUCACUACUUUUCCUACAAGAGGCGCGCUGGAGGCGGAGGGCUCGGAGGCGCCGACGCCGCCGCUGGAGUUGCGCCGGCCGCCGUCCGCGCGCGUGCCGCGCCCCGCGCACUCGCCCUCGCCGCAUGACAGGCACAUAAUGUACGCGGUGCGGUGCGGGCGCUCGCCGCCGCCGGCGCACGGCACGUCGCGGCCAGCCGCCGCGCUGCCGCCGCCCGGCGCGCCCGGCCCGCCGCACGCCAGCCAGGUGCCGCGCGAGGCCGACUCGCUGCAGAUGCUGCUCAGGAACAUGCUACGUUCACCUAAUGGAAGUGACAUCGGGCAGCGACAAGGUGGCUCCCUAACAAAUUUAUCAAGUCGUGGAUUAUAUGUAGAAGAUAACUUAGCUAACACAGCAGAAUCAUUUAUUACUACACGGAAGAGAAAGCAACCAGAAAUAGAUACAGAUAUAAAGCGGGAAAUAGACAUCUUGCAUAAAAAAAUAGAUAAAAUGAUGAAUUUUCUCACAGAAUUCACGAAAAAUCAAAAUGAAAGUAUUAAAAAACUGUCGGAAGACAUACUAUCAAUUAAAGAUCAGAUGAAUAAUAUGCAAGUUACAACUGAAAACCUUGUACAAGAACAAUACUCAAUUAAAACAAAACUAUCAGACCUAACAAAUUCAUCAGAAAACCAAGAUAAAAAGAUUAUUUCUCUUGAAUCUACAAUACAACAACUCCAAGUAACUUCACCACAACAAAGAACAUACGACAGUGAGCAUAUUAUGUCGGAGAUAAGUGAACGCAAAAGUCGCGAAAACAAUAUUAUUUUAAAAGGUGUACCUGAACCACUUCUCAAAUAUCACCGUGAAAGACAAGAUUCUGAUAAGUGUGAAGUUAUAAAUAUCGUCAAAAUGAUUUCCAAAGAUAUACCAGAACCAGUAAAUAUAUAUCGCCUGGGAAAAUAUGAUGCUAAAAAAUGUCGCCCAAUAAAAGCUAUUUUUCAGAAUCACGAUCCCGUUAAAUCUAUAUUACGUUUGAAACGAAAUGUGCAACUUAAUGACAUAAAAAUAUCCUCUGAUUUAACACCAGCACAGCAGGCUUAUUUUAAAAAUGUAAAGAAUCAGUUAGAUCUGCGCAUUAAUAAUGGCGAACAAAAUCUGACCAUAAAAGGCGAGGCAAAAAUGCUAAAGGGAAAUAAAGUGACCUAUGAAAUAGCUAAAAAGUAUUCAGAUAUAACUACCUCUAAAAAAUCUUUAAAGUUCUUUUACACCAAUGCUAAAAGUAUAGUUAAAAAGGGUAAGUUAGAUGAAUUACAAUGCAUUCUACAGUCUUUUAAAUAUCAGAUACAUAUUGUUAUUAUUACGGAAACAUGGAUAAGAUCAGAGGAUCAAGCAAAAAAACAAGUUCUGCCAGGUUUUACACAUUAUUAUAACUACAGAGAAGUUUCAAGAGGGGGUGGAGUGUCCAUUUUUAUUCACAACAGUCUAAAGCAUAAUCUAAUAGAACACCAUUGCAUACAAGAAAAUCAUUAUUUGUGGAUACACAUUAAUAAAUAUUGUCUGGAUAUUGGAGCUAUCUACAAAAAUAACCGAAAGAAUGUUGCAGAUUUUCUCGAAAUUUACUCUACUCAAUUGUCUAAUAAAAAACGAGCUGUAAUUAUGGGAGAUUUUAACUUUGACCUUCUCUGCCCUGAUAAACCGAGUAAGGAAUAUAUAGAUGCACUUGAAGAAUAUGGUCUUGUAGCGCUAAAUAAAAUUGACUCAAACUAUUCUACUCGUGUUACUCCAGAAACAAGAAGCAUAUUAGACCAUGCCUGCACAAAUCUACAAGAACACUGUUUUCACCUGGCUAUUAUUGACUCGGCUAUGUCCGAUCAUAAACAAAUUUAUAUGGAAAUAGAAAAAUAUAAGCCUAAUAUACUGAAGAAAAUACAAUAUAGUGCAUUGAAUUAUGAAAACAUUUAUAAAGCCGUAGAAAUAUAUAAUACACAUGAAAUAUUAGAAUUUACAGAAUUAGAAUCAAGACUUAUCACUUGCAUCAAAGAAAAUAAGAUCCAGAAACGCUACCCGGUAAUGUGGCAAGGGCUGCUGGCGCUCAAGAACGACUCGGCGGCGGUGCAGAUGCACUUCGUGGGCGGCAACCCGGGCGUGGCGGCCGACGCGCUCGCGCGCAACGCCGACGGCACCGCCGCCUCGCUGCUGCGCAUCGCGCAGCGCAUGCGCCUCGAGCCCGCGCAGCUCGACCAGGUGCAUCGCAAGAUGAAGUUGGAGAACGAACACUGCACGCUGCUGGCGCUGCCGUGCGGGCGCGACCACAUGGACGUGCUGCAGCAGUCCACCAACCUCACGGCCGGCUUCAUCACCUACCUGCAGCGCAAGCAGGCCGCCGGCAUCGUCAACGUCGCGCCGCCGGGACACCAGCAGUCACUGUACACGGUCCACAUCUUUCCAUCGUGCGACUUCGCGAACGAGAACCUGAACCGCAUCGCGCCCGACCUGAUGCACCGCGUCGCCAACAUCGCGCACCUGCUCAUCGUCAUCGCCACCGCCAUCGGG